UAUACAUUUGUGUCACUAAGCUCAGAUACAAAUAUCUAGAUUCUAGAUCAUAUAGUGACUUACAGACUCUUAAUUCUACCAACGAAAAUCGUAUUCGAUCAAGACUAUUGUAAUUAAAAAUUAAAUUAUUAAGAGCUGUUUAUAAUGGCUGGAUCGGAGGGAAUGCAAAAAAUGCUUCCAGAAGCUCAUCAAAAGAGAAAACAUCCUUUGCAUCCACUAUGCGCUAGAACUGCUUUUAGCUGCAAUAAAUUAUUUUUAUUCAUUUACGCUUUGCUCUUUUUGUUUGUAGGCAUAAUCUUGAUAGCUAUUGGAGUACUGGUAGAACUCCACAGGGAUAGAAUUGAACCAGUCAACAACCGAUUAGCUGUACCCACAGCCCUUCUGAUAGUAGUUGGUCUAGUCAUCACAAUCAAUGCUCUAUGUGGAAUGGUUGGCACAAUCAUGGAGAAACCUUUUCUCCUCAAACUGUUCCUUGUUACUACUGUGCUAUGUUUCCUGGUUCAGAUAGCAAUAGGGAUUAUUGCUUUCAUUUACAGAGAACAGCUUCCAUAUGCUGUGAGUUCUGAGUUCAUGUUUGCUAUUAAAGGCUACAAAAAAGAUCCAGAAAUUGACGUGGCCCUUGACUGGUUGCAGACACGGUACAAGUGCUGUGGCUUCAGGUCGUAUGAAGACUACCAGCGGGAGAAUGAUGAGUACAGGUGUACAUCAGACAAAGCCCAGCCCUGUGGUGUCCCUAAGUCUUGCUGCAUACAGAGACCUGGGGUGACCUUGCCAGAAGAUUGUGGUUUUCGAAUAACCGGGAAUGCCACGAUAUCUGAGCUGAUACACAGAGAGGGCUGCACAGAUGCUCUUAUUCAUUGGCUUAUGGAACACCUUGACCUUGUUGGGGCUAUAGCUUUGGGAUUUGCUAUCCCACAGAUCUUUGGAAUUUUACUGUCAUACUACUUUCUGCGUAAAGUAAAAGAAUAUCGUGUGUGGUAUCGUGUGGAUAACUUCAGCUAUCUUUAAAGAGAAACAGUAAAGCUUGUGCCAUAUCAUUUGAUUGCUAAAUUCUUUUAAAUAAAAUUUUGCUGUCUAAUUUUUAAGCAUGUUCUUUGUAGUUUAAACUGAUAUACUAAAUUUAGUUUUUUUUAAAUAUUCGGGAAAAAAAAUCAGCUCAUUUAAACUAAUUAUAUGGCACAAAGUUACUUAAAUCCUGGGUAAAAAAGUAUUUGUAUUUUAAAAGCAUGCGGUUGUUAUUGUAAAUUAUUGAUUUUAACAUUUUGUUUCCUUAUUUCUUUUCAUUUUUUAUAUGAUGCAUUUAGUUUACAAAUGGUUGUUUUUUUUUGGCUGCAAAUCAGUCAACUUUACAGGACUUGAUGUUAGAUUUGUUAAAUCUCACUGUCAAUGCAAUAGCUGCUUAUAAACAUUGUUAUGCUAUGAAUUGUUUUAAAAAGAAAUCAAAUCUCAUUUAUUAUUGUUAUUAGAUGUUGUCUCUUACAAUUAAUUUACUUUGCCAUUUUGUUCCUAUAUUUUUGUACCCUAAGCUUAUAAGCAUCAGGGUUCAACUGUCUCAAACUUUUUAAAUUUAGGUUUGUCAACAUUUAUAUUCAUUAACUUAUGAAAUAACUAUUACUAAUUAUAAUAAAUAGUAUUUUAAUAAUUAUAAAUGCUAUUUUAAAAUAUAAAUUAAUAUAUAUAUAUAUAUAUAUUAAUCUUGAUCACUACUAAAUAUUAUUGUUCAAUAACACAUUUUAAUUAAAUCACACACACAGUUUUAAUUCAGUAUUUUUUAAAAAUAUGAUCUCAGCAUUCCAGCAAUGUUUCUUAAAGCAUAAUUUGUAUAAAAAAAUUGUAUUCAAAGUUUUUUUUCACCUAAAUUUUCAUUCCACUUAUAUUUUACAUCCAAGUAAUUAGAAAUAGUAUUAUAUGUAGUCUAUUAUUAGCUUAUUAUUUCUAAUGUAUCAAAGUUUUGAAAGUUAUUUCUUUUUUUUUUUUUGAGUUGCUUUUGUAACAUUUCAUAUGAUUUUAGGCAUAGUGCUGGCUUAAUAUCAUACCGUGUAUAUUUUUCAUGUUUCACUUUAACCACAAUAGCAAUUUUCAACACAUUUAAUUAAAUCAACCACAUGUUACAGAACUGUGGAUUUUAAAUGAGAUAUGUUUAAACAACAGUUAUUUGCAUAAGAUAUGUGUUUAUGUGAUAAUAAUUCACUCUUAGAUAUAAUGUUGAUUAUUACAGAAUCCAAAACAGAAAACCAUUAUGCUCACAUUUUAUUAUUGUAGUAAAUUGUUUAAAUAUUUACACACAGUUUAAAUAUUUACACCAACCUAAAGCACACACUGCAAAGUUAAAACUGCUCAAAACUGAGUCAGUGAGACAUUGGUAAUCAAGAACUUUUUUAUGAAUCUUGAAAGUACUUUUGUUUUGUAAGCGGCGGUUUAAUAGGCAAUAUUUCAUGUUUUUUUUUUUUUUUACACAAAACAAAAAUGUUAUAUUAAUACUAAGUCAACCUCGGCAAUUAUAUAUGGACUAUUUUUCUUAUGUUUCUAAUUUGGUUUCUAUAUUAUUUAAAAACUACUUGUUUAUUACCUCUAUAAUUUAUUAGAGAUUACAAUCAUGUGUGGAUUUACACCGAAUAACAGAAAGAUACUUUUUUACAAAGUAAGCUGUUAAUAAUAUUUGUGUUCAAGUUUUUAUUUUUCCUGAAACUUUACAGUUCUUUUGUUUCUGUGAUUAUAACAGCAUCUUAAUAUACAUUUUUUUUUACUUAAAUUAGAUCAAUAACAUUUACUAUACCAGUUUUACUGAAGUUUACAUAGUGUAUGUUUUUAAAAUAAAGUAAUGCUUCCAUA